AUGGAUGCGCAAUACCCUUUUGCGUCUCGUGAAGAUAUCUGGCGUGUGUUUGAGGAGGUCAAGGAUCUAUACUCUACCCAGCUUGAACACGGCGAGCGGAUUGCAAGGUUGGAACGACGGAGGGAGGAUGACAUGAGGUUGAAGAGCGUUUGGGGCCCGUUAUCGCAAUUUCCGAGCGCAAUAAGUGGCUCUUUGACAGAACCAUCUUAUACCCCAGCCGUUGACACCUUCAAAGGAUUCGACCAAGGCCAUCAUCACAGCAUCGUCGGUAAUAUGAAUUUAGAGAACGAAGAGGAGCCAAGACGCGGUGCGUCCAGAGCGAAUAGUGUCAGGUUUGACGAAAGCGCAAUACACGGCUAUUAUGAUCAGGUGAAUCGCUCAGCAACUGAGCUCCCACUUCGCACAGGAAGUGGGAUGAGCAGCCAUCCGCUCAUCGAGCGAUCUCUCUCCCACCGAUCCGAUGGUCGUCAAAGCUCUUCUGGGCAUUCACAUCAUUCAGCUCGAACAAGUAGCAUGGGUACAGAUGCUGCGCGACUUCUUGGCUCUAGUGGCGGGUCUCCUGCGAGUUCUAUCCUGCCUCCUCCAGGACUGUUUCUGCUAGGACCUGUGCCGUGUAUCAUACGAUGCUGGCUGACAACCAAUUUCUCCAAUGAGACUUUACUCUACGCUGCUGUUUGUUCUGGCUCGUAUACAUCCUUCCUUGGUUAUAGUUUAGUUGAAAAACUCGGCUAUGAAGACCAGGUCACGGUUGAAAAUGGAUUUCGCUUCAUCAAACUGCCACUCUACCUUCCAGAAGCGAGCAUACAUCAGUCUUCAUCUCGUGCCGGCAGUCCAACACCUCAGCUUCCUUCUGUGACAAUCAGGUUUGCGGUGCGUGAUACGGACCCUGAUGACAAAAGCCUUCAGAUAUUCAUGGGAAGCGAUGUUCUCCGUUCUCAUAAUGCCGACAUUCUUUUCUCACAAGAUAAGAUCAUCAUGAUGGAUGACGAUAGAAACAAGGUUUCCGUCCCUUUGGUUCGACCUGAAAACGACAUGGUGUUCAAGUCGUUGUCCACACGCUCAGAUAUCUCCCAUGAGGACUACUCAAAACUGCCUAAUGACCCGGAGUCUGACUCCCAAGCGAGUAUCAGUAAACGUGGUUUGGGUGUCAUAGAAGGGCUUCUUUCACAAUCACAAGAAGCCAACUCUGGAUCACCAAGAGUCGAAGAAACCGCUGGUGAGGCCAGUCAGAAGCCGCUUGCCACAACAGGAUAUGGACAGCCCGAACCCGAUUCACAAGCCGCGAAAGAACCAAAACCUCCAACCGAUCAGUCAGAGUACUCCAAUUCUGCCGCAAAAGGCGAUAUCGGUGGAGUCUGGGGCUCCUGGCGACGCGAGACACGAGCAGAUGGAAGCUCACUUGGCAUGGCGAAAGCAACACGAGGUCGCGCCAUGAAAGUUUUACGACCGUCUCGCUCGUCGUCUUCUCGCGGCCCUUCAAUAUCAUCUACCGUCACCACCACCGACACAGCCAUUGCGCACGAGACCAGCACGGCAGUGACUCCAUCUACAACCAGCGGCGGCCCUGACCUCGUCCAUCCAACACCAAGCCGAAGCACCAGCUUCAAGUCAGGAGAUGGCUCGUGGCCGGCAAACAAGAAUCGAGCCAGCAACCCGAUUGGGGGGGCAUCAGCAUUCGGCUGGCUCAAUCCAUCUUAA